AUGGCCCACCUUCUACCACCUCACCCAGAACUCAACCUCGCCCACUCAUCUCUCCAAUCCGCACUCCAGAUCGAUCCAAAUCAGCAGCCCCCGCCGACGCCCCAGCAGCAGCAACAACACUCUCCGCACCCAGGUCAACAGUCCGCUCCCAGAAAGCGUAGAAAGGGAAACGAGAACGGUGAAGAAGCUUCGCAUCCGGCCGAGCCACGACGUUUGAGGCGUUCGCAUGAGGCGUGCGCACGAUGUAGGAGUAAGAAAAUCAAGGCAAGUCCCUGCGACUCCAAGCAUCCCCGGUGUACUGCAUGUGCUACCGCAGGCACCGUCUGCCAACAGGAAGACCGCCAUCGCCAGACCCUCACCCCUCGCGGCCACACCGAACGCAUCGAGCGCCAACUGCUGCAAUGCGAGGCCCUUCUCAGGCGUCAUUACCCCGGCUUCACCCUCGAGGACCUCGACAACGUUCUCGCGCGCGAGGGCAUUGACAUUGACACUAGCGACAAUGCCAUCUCUUCUACCUUCCAAUUCGCGCCCAACUCACCAGAGGCCGGUCCGAAUCGCGGCUUUCCUCUGCGCACCGAGGGUCCUCCCCCUCCCAUGGAUUCGCCCAGAGGGUAUCCUUAUCCUGGACCACCACCACCUCCUCCGCAUCCUGGACAGCCUAUGAUGACUGGCGGGUACCCUGGUCCUGUGCCUAUGCACUACCCUCCUCCUGGCCCCUUCGGACCUCCCCCACCCCACAUGCAGAUGCAGGGCGGACCUCCCCCUCAAGGGUAUGACCCACGCAUGCCCCCUCCAUUCCAGCACCCGUUGGCACCUCCGCACGGCAUGCCCCAGAGGCCCCCUUCCCCGCAUGAGAUCCCAGGUCAAGACCCGCACUCACAUGAUAUGUCUAACACACAGGCAAGUUGUCCGUUCAAAAUCCUCUGCGCUCUUGCGAAGACAUUCGGUGUGUCAGGUGCGAUCAUGAACGACGUGACAAUUCCUCCCGCCGACAGAGAGGACCUCGCGGUGGGCUCAAGCGCGUUGAUCUCGGGCCGCGACCGCGCCUUUGGGGAGCCCGCCUCCCUCCCGCGCGACGCGAACAAAUGGGUGACUGUGUCGAUGCGCCGCAACAGCCUCGUUUCCCCGCCCGUCGCCAGUCCCGGUGGCAGCCCUGGUCAGCAGAACAACACUCAGACGGUCCCCAUAUUCUUGCCCAAGUCCCGCGAGACCAUGCGGGCGAUCACGACCACGUACUUCGAGCAUCUCAACUUCCACCGCCCGGUCCUGUUGCAGAAGGAGUUCGAAAACACGCUCAACGCGCUGUAUGAAGGCCAGCUGCUUCCGCAUGACCCGGGCUUUGUUUGCAGCGCGUACCUGGUUAUGGCGCUCGGUACGCUCAGCGAGCUCAACCACCGCGCGAGCAAGGUCGACAGCGGCGGUCACAACGUCGGCGCCACCGCAUCGACCGCCAAGAACCUUAUGCCGCCCGACUGGCCGGAGCACGAGGAGUUCUUCCAGUUCGCGCUCGCCGUCAAGCCUGACCUCCGGGUCACGGUCUCCAGCCUCCAGGCGCUCAUUCUGCUGCACUGGUACCUGUAUACCGAGCGACAGGGCCGUACGCUGUGGCGUUUGAUUGGCAGCCUCGUCCGGCUCGCUAUCGAGCUCGGGCUGCACCACGACCCGACCUCGCAGGACAACGUGUUCUCCGACGAGGAGUGCCAGCUCCGGAUCCGGCUCUGGGCGAUCGUGCUCGUGCACGACCGCGGCACGUCCAUCCUGCUCGGGCGUCCCCUGGCGAUUGCGCCAUCGGACUCGAACACCCCACGCCCGACGCGCGGUAAGGGACGGGAGAUCUCUGAGCACUUCGUGCUGAGCGCGCCGAUUGCGGAGAUCCAGGCGGACAUCAUAAACUCGCUGUAUGCGCCGACGCGCCAGACGGCGGACGCGAUCAUCCGCCAUGCGAGCAGGAUCACGCGGAGCAUGGUGCUGUACAAGAAGCAGCUGCCGGACCACUACAAGUGGUACUUUGGCGGGACGGAGGACUGGCUGAUCGAGAAACGCACGUCGCUCGUGCAGAAGAUCGGCGUGGACGACGGCCUGACGAUGCUCAAGAUCGGCAUCACGAAGGUGCUGCUGCUCCGUGCGCUGUUCAGCUCGAAGGAGCUCGAGUAUUCGCAGAGGCACCGUGCGCUCGUUGAUGCGAUCGUUACCUCGCACAACAUCAUCGUCGUGCACAACCAGCUCAUCCGGUACCCCGACAUCGCAUUCUUCGUCGCGCCGAUCCCGCUGCACAUCGCUGCGAUGGUCAUCCUCUACGGGCACAUGUCGCGCUGCGACGUCAUCCCGAAGCAAACCGCGCUCGAGGACGUCUGGAUGGCGCUCGACAUGCUCCCCUCGUUCCGCUGGCGCUGGGAGGGCAAGGACCUCUCGGGCGGCCACCCGCUCAUCGCGAAGCUCGCGGAAAAGGUGCUCGACGCGAACCUGCAUCAAGUCGCCCCCACCGGCGCACCCAUGCUGCUCUCCGAGCAGGACUGGGACAGCGAGGGCAGCAUCAAGCCACAGGGCGGGCAGCAGCCCGGACAGGCGCCCGCGACCCCGAAGAUGGGCCCCGCGCAGUACGGCGGGAUGGGCCACCCGAGCCCGUACGGCUCGCACGGGGUGCCGCCUGGGCCGCCGCCUGCGGUGAAGGGCAGCCCGGGCGGGGGACCGCCGGGUGGGGGAGGGGGACCGGGCGGCGGGGAGAUGAACGGGCAUGGGCAGAAGAUGCCGGAGGUGCCGCAGUUCUACUUCUACCCGCUGUAUAAUGGGCAGGAUGGGACGGCGAACGGGAACGUGCAGGGGAUGGGCCCGUACGGGUACCAGAGCGCGCAGGACCAGUACGUGCUCGAGGAGAAGGAGAGCAUCUCGCCGACGGUGGCGACCGCGCAGAUGCAGUGGACGGCGAACGGGCAGAGGCCCGCUGGGCAGUUCGGCCCGCCGCCGCAGGGGUGAGUGUGGGGAGGCGUGAGGUGGGGAGGGUGGACAGUGUAUCAUCGUUUGUAUCUUCUUAGCUCCGUCUUCUCUCCCGCUGUGUGCCAUACUGUAUGCUUUUAUUCCGCCCCCGUUAUUCCGCGUCGCCUUCUCCGCUCGCCGAGAGCGGCGCGAUGUGUAUAAUAGUUCCCCUUUUGCGCCCGUGGGGCCUGUCUCGAUGCUGUUGCUGUUUAGCUUAUUAUCCCCUGUUUGUCUGUGACCCGCCUGUUCAGUACGUAGAUCGCUGAGGCGAAUUCGAUGAGGUGAAUACGAGUAGAUUCGACGUU